AGUGCGGAGGCAGUGUGCCGCGGAGAGCGCGCGACUCUCCGGCUCCGACAGAGUCCCGGAGUGUCCGGAUACCUGAAGGAUGACGGGCUGACUGACUGAUGGCUGCUCGGCCAAAGUGCGGGCGGAACCUGCGGGCUGGAGACGCUGGUCGGUUCAGGAUCGAUCAAAAGUGACCGACCGGGCAGCUGGUUUAGUGUGAGAGCGGAGUUGAGCGCUUUAGACCAACAAGACUACUUUCUUCAUCCAUCCAUCACCUCUUCUUCAUCCGCGAUGAAGACGCCACUGAGCCCGUCUCUGCUUCUGGAGAGCAGGCAGAUCUUUGCCUUUGGAGGGAUGGGUCAGGAGCUAAUGGACACACMCACACCUUCAGCCCUCCCUCUCCCCGUYCAGCAGACUCCAUCCCCAGGCCAGGGCGGGACGUACUCGUUGUGUGAGGUGUGUAACCUGCAGCUGACCUCCGCUGCUCAGGCCCAGCUGCACUACAACGGCAGGUCUCACCUCCGGAGGGUGAAGCAGCUCCAGGCGGGGCAGACACGACAGCAGGCAGCAGCUGGAGCUCAGACCAGGUCGCUUCCUCCGGCCGCAGGGUUCAGCUCCCAGCCUGCAGGACUGACUCAGACCGCCGGACUGAAUCGAGCCCUCACUGCUUCCAGCACGACUGCAGGAAGUGGGAGCGGGGGAGUGGGCGGGGCGUUGCCGGGUCUGAUUGGCGCCACUGGCCCCUCGGUGAUGAUGAAACCGUUCCUGCCGUUUCCCAUGGAGACGACGUCGCCAGUCGGACUCUUCCCAAACUUCAACACGAUGGAUCCGGUGCAGAAGGCUGUCAUCAAUCACACCUUUGGUGUUACCAUGGUGCCCAAGAAGAAACAGGUCAUCUCCUGCAGCGUUUGCCAACUGAGGUUCAACUCUGACUCGCAGGCGGAAGCUCAUUACAGAGGCAGCCGUCAUGCCAAGAAGCUGAARUCUCAGGAGAACAAGGCCAAAGCCAAGCUGUCAGUCACACCAGAGACCAACGGGAACAGCUGCGGUCCUGCUGGUCCGGCCCAUCCGCUCCCUGCUAGCAGCAGCAACAGGCAGGGCACAGAACUGUUUUCCAUCCCCCCAGACUCCCUGUCCUCCGUCAAGCCGUGCCUCCCGUCCUCCACCUCCCCUCUCUCCUCCUCUCCCUCCGUCAGCAGAGCUGGCAGUGAGCCUCCKCCGUCCAGCCCACCCUCCGCCCUUCCGGCCCCCGGCCUCUCUUCGUCUUCCUCAUCCUCCUCCUCCUCUUUAAAGUCUUGUCCCCCGUCUUCAGUCGCCCCCUCCCCCGCACCCGCUACCCCGCAGACCGCCUCCUCGUCCUCCCAGGAUGCUCCUCUCUCAGCGGAGUCCGAGGAGGAGAAGGCGAAGAAGCUGCUGUACUGCUCUCUGUGUAAAGUCGCCGUCAACUCUCUGUCUCAGCUGGAGGCUCAUAAUGCAGGUUCAAAGCACAAAACGAUGCUGGAAGCGCGCAGCGGCGCGGGGCCGAUCAAAGCUUACCCUCGACCAGGGGCCAAACUGAAGAACGGCAGCAGCUCGGCCCUGAAGGGCUCCGGCCUGCAGAACAAAACCUUCCACUGCCAGAUCUGUGAUGUCCACGUCAACUCUGAGAUCCAACUCAAACAGCACAUUUCCAGCAGAAGACACAAGGACAGGGUGGCAGGAAAACCCAGCAAGCCAAAGUACAGCCCUUACAACAAGCAGCAGCGCGACUCGCUCACUAAGGAGCUGGCGAAGCCUUCUCUAUCUCCUUCCUUCCUUUCCUCUCCUUUCACUUCCACUUCCUCUCCUCUCCCCCCCUCCAUCUCCCUCCCUCCUUCCUCCAUCUCCUCCUCCCCUCUCCUCUCUCACACCUCCUCACCCCUCACCCCCGCCAUCUCCCUCCACCCUCGCCCUCCGUCGUCCUCGUCCCUUUUCACUGCUUCCUUCCUGCGUCCUGCUCCCGGACCCAUCAGAACCAACCAAGGAUCAAUUCUCUUCGCGCCCUACUGAUGUCCGCGGGAGCAGAGGGGGAGUCAAGCCCACAACCUGUGACCCCUAGCCCGCUGUGUGCUGGAGCUUCAGCUGUUGCUGCGGCUUUGCUUACUUGACUGAAUCUUCCUACAGAGACAUGAAGAGGACGGAGACGUCCGGCUUUUUGAUCAAAACCCUCUGGUUCCGUCCAACGCCUCCUGACAUGGAGGGCAGAGGCACCGUUGCGUUCGCUGACCCGCUGACGUCGACCUGAACAGAACCAGAGGCUAACAAAGCUCCCAGACAUACUGGAGAACAGGAGAAAUGCAGUCAUGGAAUAUUCAUGAAGAUCCAUUUAGCACCGUGUAGAAAGCAAUAAGUGUUACAGGAAAUGGGUUCAAGACUGCAAAAAAUAGGCUGCAGCUCAUUUCUUAAAUCAUUUAAUAGAAAUAUAUGACAUUUUUAUUUUAUUUUUACCGGAUUAGACUUUUUAAAAAGAUUUUGUUUUUCCACAAUCAUUAAAUGCAUCAAUACUAAGGAUUCCAACUAGUUUGAACAUGAACUAAAAGCAUCUUGAAGGUUUUUUUUGUUUUGUUUUGGUAAAAUCAGACAAAUAUUGGAGACAUGCAGCUGGAUUCCUAAAUGUGGAUCCUCUUUCAGUUAGUUUUUUUUUCCCAUUUGAUUUAAAUCGUCUACCUCGAUGAAAGACCUGGAAGCACUUAUUUGUCCUUAAAAGGAAAAUCGAAAUUUGUCAAAGUAACAAACAAGAAAAACCAAAAUGAACAGAAAUCGGUUCUGGCCGGGAGAAGAGUCAUCGGUGCAGCUGUAGAUUUAAUCCAAAUGUAAGAAAGGGGGGGAAAAUAUUGUAUUGGUUAUUUAUCAGGCUGAUAAUUCGCCUCCUCUGACUCAGUAAAAAAGCAGAGGAUGUGGGAAAUGUUCUUCCUCCCACUGAAGAAGCAAACCAGCACUAACAAGAUGUCACAAAACAAAAAGCAAAAAAAAAAAAAAGACUACUGCCAUCUCAUCAUGUGUGGCUUCAUAUAUUUACCAAAUUAUGAAUGUUUUUUUUCUUUACUUUAAGUAAAACAGCCAAAUAUCGGCUUCCCCUCCUUAACUGAGCAGAUGUCUCUUACAUAUUAAAACAGUUUCAGUACAAACAUUUWUUUUUUUUGUCUCAUUCAGAUAUUUUUUUCCGUGCACACUUCUACUGGUUGUCAGAGAGACGGCACUGAAUCAGGAUCAAGGAUCAAGACGUGGGCUUUGACUAGGCCCAGAAAAGACAGUUUCUCAAUUUGCUGGAUUUAAAUCUAAAACUAAAAUAUUAAUUUUGUAUGAUGGUAAAAACUAGAUUUUUUUAAAUAAUAAAAGUCCCAAAUGAAAACAAAUAAUUGACUCAUACCUUUAAAAUUAAACUAUUAAUUAUUAGCUCUAAUAUAUCAUAUUGAUUGGAAACGUUCUAAUUUAUAAGACCUGGAAAUGUGAAUGUGCUUUUCGGUAUGUAUUUAUGCAGAAAUGUUUUUUUUAUCAGAGAAAAUCAGUUCCUAUUGUUUUAAAUAUCAAGUAGUCUUCUUACCUCAUCAUUACAUUGUUUUAAAUCUUACAUAAAAACCCAGCCAAGAGACAAAAAAUACUUUUUUUUUUGCCUUCAUGUUGAUGGAAAUAUUCAUUGUUUCAGAAAACCUACUAAACUAAAAUAUAUAGAAUUGGAUAAAAAAUAAUGCAU